AUGGAAAUGGAAACGGAUUUGGAGGAUACAUGGAUUGCGAAUUUCUUGGGUACCAAGGGGAACGAGUAUUUCUGUGAGGUUGAUCCAGAGUUCAUUUUAGACAGGUUCAACCUGACAGGGUUGAACGCCGACGUCCCCAACAUCCACGACGCCAUCGAUGUGGUUACCGGCUCGUCUGAUGUCAAUAUGGACGGUUUGAACGCAGAAGAGGAGCAGCAGCUCGAUGCGAGCGCUCGCCAUCUCUACUGCCUUGUUCACGCCAGGUUUAUUCUCACGACUCGUGGAUUGUACAAAAUGAUGCUCAAAUACCAAGAGGGCGACUUCGGCCGCUGUCCCCGUGCUCUGUGUCGCUCACAUAUUCUCCUCCCUAUCGGUCUGCAGGACGUCCCUAAUAUCUCAAGCGUAAAGCUCUACUGCCCAAAAUGUGAGGAUAUCUACAACCCCAAGUCCAGUAGGCACGCUAACAUCGACGGUGCUUACUUUGGAACGUCUUUCCCCGGCAUGUUUUUCCAAGUUUAUCCGAAACUGCUUCCAAGGCACAGCGAGGAGCAGUUUUGUCUCAAAAUUUUCGGCUUCAAAAUCCAUGACCAUGCUGAGCACUGCCGUUGGCAACAAAAGCAACGCGACGAGCUAGAAAAACGUAUCGCAGACAAGCCAACCUCAUAG